UUUCGCUAUAAUCUAAUGCGUCAUGACAUAAUAAAAAUUAAAAAAGCGAUAGAAUGUCGGACUUUUCUGUAUAUGCGUCCGGGGUAGAGGUCGCUCGUGUGGACGUCGGUAUUAGCGUGAAUCUCAGAGCCUCCUAUUGACUCACCAGCAAAAAAAAACGAGUACAUUUGGGAAAUUCUUAAAGACGGAAGUGAGCACUCCUGUUUUCCGACCACAAGACUGAGCGUUGCGCAUGCAUGUCAGUUUUUGAAUGGUUAUCCGCGUGUGUCAUAUAUGCCUAUGCGUUAUUCCCAACGGUAGAUAAGAGCCUUCAUUUAUCUCGGACUCGACUACGCCGCGGAAUGGCAGCAGCGGCAGCAGAAGCGCCGGAGGACCGCAGCGGCGGCGCACAGGGCGCGCUAACAGGUGACGGAGAACCGGAGGAGGCCGAGGAGUUCACCUGCUCGACCCACUGCUCGGAGCUCUCCCGCAGGCAGAACGAGCAGAGGAAGUCGGGGCUGUACUGCGACGUCACGCUGGUCUUCAGCUCCGGCGGGGACAGGGUCCAGACCUUAUCCGCCCACCGCUCGGUGUUGUCCGCGGGCUCGGAGUACUUCACGCUGCUGCUGGGCGGACAGUUUUCGGAGUCUCUGUCGGGGCGAGUGGAGCUAAAAGAGUGGAGCUCGGCAACGGGACCCGACCCAGAGACCGUGGAGGGUAUCAUACAGUUCAUGUACACGGGACAAAUCAGGGUAACCACUGCCAGUGUGCACGAAGUGUUGGAACUUGCUGACAGGUUCCUGUUGGCGCAGCUGAAGCACUUCUGCGGAGAGUUUCUGAUGGAGAAGUUGAACUUAUCCAACUGUGUAGCAGUACACAGCCUCGCCCACAUGUACACCUUGGACCUGCUGGCCCAGGGAGCCGCCAAGACCAUUCGGAGAAACUUCCACAAAAUUAUCAGCAACGAGGAGUUCUUCACGCUACCAUUUCACCUGGUGCGGGACUGGCUGUCUGUCGGGAUCACUGUGGAUUCUGAACAGGAGUUGUUUGAGGCCAUCGUAAAAUGGGUGCACCAAAACGCAGAGGAGAGAGGGAAGCAGUUUGAGGAGCUGUUCAGACUUUUAAGGCUCACUCAGAUUUCUCCUACCUACCUGACACGGGUAGUGAGAAAGGAGCCUUUAGUGGCAAACAAUGCAGCAUGUCAGCAGCUGGUGUCCGACGCCCUUGAGGUCCACGCUGUCCACUUUGAGAACGUCAACCAGUCAGCGGAUUUAGAGCUCUGUGCCGCCUACAAUGCAGCAAUCCAGCCUCGUCUUGGCCAGAACAUGGAUGUAAUCAUGGUAGUGGGUGGUGUAUCAGAAGGUGGAGAUUAUUUGAGUGAGUGUGUGGGCUACUUUGUUGCUGAGGACCGUUGGGUAAACCUGCCACACAUUCACAACCAUCUUGACGGACAUGCCAUUGCUGUCACUGACAGCCAUGUUUAUGUGGCAGGCUCCAUGGAGCCCGGCUUUGCCAAGACGGUGGAGCGCUUCAACCCCAACCUCAACUCGUGGGAGCAGGUCAGCAGCUUAACCACUCGCAAGCACUCCUUUGGCCUCACGUGUGUCAAGGACUUGCUGUACAGCAUUGGUGGUCAUGGCAACUUCAGUCCAGGCUUUAAGGACGUUACUGUCUACGAGCCUGAGCUGGACGAGUGGCGCAAUCUCGAGCCAGCACCGAAGAUACUACGAGAUGUAAAAACAGUGAGCAUAGAGGACCGCUACAUAUACGUGAUGGCCAGGACUCCUGUAGACAUGGACAAUGAGGAUGGACUGAGCACUGUGACCACCUGCUACGAUACGGAGAGUCACAAGUGGCAGGAAGUGGACUCCUUACCGCUGAUCGAUAAUUACUGUAGUUUUCAAAUGGCUGUCGCGUCCACCAACUUCUACCACACCGCUUCUUGCUGCUCAAAGAGCUAUAAGGUAACAGCCGAGGCCGCUCAGCAGAAAAUAAGCAGAAACAUCUCUGACAACAUCCUCGACAGCCUCCCUCCAGAGGUCCUUAGCAUGGAAGGCGCCGCUGUUUGCUACCUGGGUGAAGACAUAUUCAUCAUUGGCGGAUGGAGAAACUGCAACAACAUGGACAAGCAGUACCGCAAGGAGGGCUACCGUUACUGUGCGGAGAAGAAGCGAUGGAUGCUGCUGCCCCCCUUGCCUCAGCCGCGGUGCCGAGCCGCGGCCUGUCACGUUCGCAUCCCGUACCAUUGUCUUUAUGGUUGCCAGCACUACCCCAUGCCCCAGAACCUGGCUCGCCAGCGAGACCGCAUGCAACAGAUGCAGCAGCUCCAUCGCCGCACCCUCACUCUGCGCAGACAGCUGCAAUCUCAGAUCGAAUGUUGAGAGCUUCCUCUAGUUAGUACUUGAUCUGCUGAUGAAUGCCUUGUUGUUGCCACAAAACUUUCAGCUUAUUUAUAUAUUUUUCUCUUUUUGCCUUUUUAAUUGGUUUAAAUGCCUGCACGUCCUUACCUUGUGCUGGUUUGUAAAGAAAUAAGAAUUAGCCAGACAUGCUUCCAAAUGAUCAGUCUCGCAUUUUAUUUUGGUCUUACAUUUUUAGUUUGUCUUACUUUUACUCUGCUAGUAAAAUUAAACUGUGAUCGCUGUGACCAUUUUCUGCAAAGAUUGUGGAUUUUAAACAAUUUAGCAUAACUUUUUACUUUGUGAUCUAUGUUAACAUAAUGAUGUCAUCAUACUAUAUGUUGUGAUGCAAGUCAGUUUCACUUAAUAUCAGUGACAUCUGGUCAGAUCAGUGUUGAGAUAUGAAUUUAGCAAAGUAAAUCUUGUCUAUGCUUUAUUGUGAGUAUUUUCAGAAGAAAAUCAUUAAUUAAGUGAAGUUUAGAUAGAAGAUAGUAAACUUACUGUAACCGAGAUCUUUAACUUUUUACUCUUCUACCUCCGAUGUUCCAUUCAUGCUUUUUUUGCACAGUGUCUAAAUGUUGAUCGUCCUUCGUGUGUAUGUUUUGUGUGCCCCCCUUGAAACAGACAAUCAUGUAUCAGAAGUUUUGUAGCAAGACUUGCGUAUUGAGCAAAGCACAUAUUGGGGAACAGAGUGUUCAAUGAUUAUUUGCUUCCCAUCUUUUUGCCAUUCCAAUGAAUGUUUAUAAAUAUUUAUGAUUCAGCUGGUCAAAAAUUGCUUUAUUUGAUUUGCAAGAUUUGUGGUCUAUUUUUCAAUUGAAAGAUAGAUCAGCAUACUCAUGAUGAGAUGUCACUUUAGGCUACAGAAGCUCUAUUUUAUAUUUUGAUUUAAAUUGUCCCACCUCAUGUUGUUGGCUCACUGACUAAUGGCUCCAGUGCUUAAAGGCCGUGGCUUUGUGGAGUUAUUUUGUUUGUUGGUUUUAGUGGACUCAUUAGUCCAUCUUUGGGAUUGCUAGUACCUGUGCUAUCUCCAGCCAAGCUCUUUAUCAAUACUAUCUAAUUGGGCUUUGUGCGCUCACAUAAUGAACCGCAAGAUCAACUAAUUUGGUCUUGUUAUCUCAAAAAGUCCAUGCUGAUGCAGCCCUUGCAGGCGUCCGUGCAUACAGUAUAUGCAUUACUGUUGAGUAUUGUUGUUGGUCCACUGACAGAUGAGGGAGCUGUUGGACACCUACUAUCCCAUAGAGACUGAUGCUUGCAGGACUGCUGAAGAAAAGCUGCCCCUCAUGGUGGAGUGAUAUACCAUAUUCCUUGGCUCUAUGCACCAGUGCGGACUGUGCUGGCAAUCUGGCACCAGCUGACCAAGACCGAG